GCACGACGACCCACGGCGACUUGAUUCCGCUUGCUUCGCCCCGCUCCGCUCUGCCCGUCCGAUCCUCGUCGUCGCCGUGCUCCAAACUCCCUGGACUCUGUCGCCUGGCUUCGUCGAGACUUGUCGAGUGUUAAGCGCCUGCAUUUGCUGCUCCUGCACCUGCUCUGCCUCUCUGCCGUCCGCGACUCCGCCAAGUCACUCUUUCACUCUGCUUGCCCACGACUCGACGUUCUUUAUUCUCAACACAACCCGCUCAAAUACCCCCUCUACACUGCCUUUGCGCAUCAAGAAGUUACGACAGAUUAAUUCACUCCUGUUUAUGGCCGAACCUCGACAGACUUCACUCCAACCCCCCGAUUCUCCCCGUACCACAGCCGAGAGCACCAAUAGCGCAGCCACUGCAGUUCCUCCUUCAGCCUCGCCGAACAACCACGAUUAUUCAUCUGUCGCUACUCCUGGCCAGCCCCUCGUCACACCCCGUCGCUCAAAACGCAGCCUACGCUCACGUGCCCGUACCGGAAGCAACGCAAGCAGCAAACGAUCUCACCGCGCUCGUCCAUCAAUGAGUGAGAAGCCUACCCGCCCGCUCUCCGGAGCCACCACCCAGUCCAAUGCCGCCCGUCCCAAGAAGAAAUCGAAGUUUCUGUCUUUCUUGAACUGCUGUGGCUCUGACGAUGCCCACGAAAACGACCAAGAUGUGCCGUCUCGCCAGUCAGUGCCUGCGCAGCCCUCCCAAGUCGACCAACAACCGUCAACGAACUCCAACCCUACCAUGCAGUCUGUGGACACCAUUGACGAGAAACCGGCCACAACCUCCUACCCUGCUGAACAGAGCGGUCCUUCGGCCCAUGCAGAGAACGAAAAGACAGCCUUGCCACCCCAAAGUCAAUCCGAGUCCAGGACAGAGGGUGUCGCUGCACCUCCUCAAAUAGCGACCGAUGUGCCUCCUACCGGGUCUGUGGAUGGCCAAGGUCCGCCAGUACAAGGCUCUUCGGACCAGUCUUACCUGAGUCAACCCGAUGUUAUUGUCCAGGCUCCUACUCCUAUCGCGACGACUGCAGACGAAGAUCUUAUGAUUGCCGACCGCACCCCGGAACAACAGGCUAGAGAUACGGACAUCGAAAUGACGGAUGUCGGUCCUUCACUUCCACUCUCGGCAAAUGAUGUCUCAGGCACAUCCGAAGAUGAAGGCCAUGUCUCCGCUCGCCGUGAGUCAGGCUCACGGGUCGACCUGCCUCCGCCCCCACCUCUGGUGGAGCGCCAGGCCCAAGUGGCACACCCCAACACAUCCAGCCAUGACACAUCAUCAGUCCCCAGCCCCGAGCCUCAGAAGUGGCUAUUGCCAUCUGUCAGACCGGAGCACAGGGGUAGAAAAUGCCUGAUUCUGGACCUCGAUGAAACUCUUGUCCACAGCAGCUUCAAGACCUUGCACCAGGCCGACUUUACUAUUCCCGUAGAAAUAGAAGGUCAAUACCAUAAUGUCUAUGUUAUCAAACGACCAGGGGUCGACGCUUUCAUGAAGAGGGUUGGAGAGUUGUACGAAGUCGUCGUGUUCACUGCUUCAGUCUCAAAGUACGGAGAUCCGCUGCUCGACCAGCUAGACAUUCACAACGUGGUCCACCACAGGCUGUUCCGCGAAAGCUGCUACAAUCAUCAAGGUAACUACGUCAAGGAUCUCUCGCAAGUUGGUCGCGAUCUCAAGGAGACAAUCAUCAUCGACAAUUCACCCACGUCAUACAUUUUCCAUCCACAGCACGCCGUGCCCAUCAGCAGUUGGUUCUCUGACGCUCACGACAACGAACUCUUGGACCUCAUCCCGGUGCUGGAAGAUCUUGCAGGACCCCAAGUCAGCGACGUCAGCCUAGUGCUUGAUGUCGCACUCUGAUGCGACCAAGAAUAUAGCCAGAAAAAACACAGAAAGAGAGCAUAUGUCAA